AUGGAAGGCAUGAAAGUAAAGCUGGAACAGGAAUGCUGCAGUAGUACUGGUGGCGCUCCACCGCCAAUGGAGGGAUUGUAUGAUGUUGGGCCGCCUCCAUUUCUAACCAAGACUUUUGAAAUGGUGGAGGAUCCUUCAACAAAUUCAGUGAUUUCAUGGAGUAGGGCCAGAAACAGUUUUAUUGUUUGGGAUUUUAACAAAUUUUCCACUAUUCUGCUGCCUAGGUACUUCAAGCACAGCAAUUUUUCUAGUUUCAUUCGACAGCUUAAUACAUAUGGUUUUAAAAAAGUGGAUUCGGAUCGAUGGGAAUUUGCAAAUGAGAGCUUUUUGGGCGGACAGAAGCAUCUCCUCCGGACUAUCAAGAGGAGAAGAAAUGCCGUGCAGAACUUGAGACGACGAGGUGGAGAUCCGUGUGCCAAGUUACGGCAAUUUGGCGUGGAAGAAGAACUUGAAAGACUGAGAACUGACCGGAAUGUGUUGAUGACGGAAAUUAUAAAGCUUAAUCAGCAGCAGCAAAAUUCAAGGGAUAGCAUUAUGUUAUUGGAGGAAAAAAUGCAGAACACUGAGAGGAAGCAACAACAAAUGAGGAGGUUUCUUGCUAGAGCCUUCGGGAAUCCUACUUCUAUCCAGCAGUAUAUUGACAAAUACAAGCAGAAGAAGGAUAAACAGCGCAUUGAAACAGGACGGAAGAGGAGGCUUGCUAUGAGCCCGUCUUUAAACCACACAGGCCAUGACGACAAUGAGCUUACUAACACCGAAUUGGAGAUGGAAACUUUGUUUUCCACUGUUGUGGAUUGUGAAUCGAGCAGUGGUAGCAGCUCGAAUCCUAUUACUGAGGAUACAUUGGAAGUCUUGCUUAGUGAAGAUCUUUCGAGUGGUAAUUAA